UCACACACUUGACUGUCUGCAGCUGUGAGACCAUCAUUCUCUGCCAUGUCUCUCUCUCCCUGCCGGGUCCGGAGGGGCUUCAGUGCUCACUCAGCCUGUUCUGCUCGCUCAGGGGGCCGAGGCAGGGGUGGCUUCAGCAGUAGGAGCCUCAGUUCCUCUGGGGGCUGCCGAGGAGGCUCUCGUGGGAGGGCCUGGGGGUCAGGGGCAAGGCUAGGGGUACGGUUUAGGGAGGGGAGCGCUGGGCCAGGACUUUCUCUGUGCCCUCCCGGAGGCAUCCAGGAAGUGACCAUCAACCAGAAUCUGCUGACUCCACUGAAGAUUGAGAUCGACCCCCAGUUCCAGGUGGUGCGAACUCAGGAGACCCAGCAGAUCAGAACCCUCAACAAUCAGUUUGCUUCUUUCAUUGACAAGGUGCGGUUCCUGGAGCAGCAGAACAAGGUCCUGGACACCAAGUGGCACUUGCUGCAGCAGCAGCGGGUGAGAGACAGCCCCCAGGGCCUGGAGUCUUUCUUCGAGGCCUAUGUGGUCCAGCUCAGGAAGUGGCUGGAGCAGCUGCAGAGAGACCGAGAGGCUCUGGAUGCCGAGCUGAAGUCCUGCCAGGACCAGGAGGAGGAGUAUAAGGCCAAAUGUGAACGGGAGGCUCACAAGCACGCCACCGUGGAGAAUGACUUUGUGGUCCUCAAAAAGGAUGUGGACGAGGUUUUCCUGAGCAAGACGGAGUUGGAGGGCAAGCUGAAGGCUUUGAGCGAGUACAUCUGUUUCCUGAGGCGUCUAUAUGAAGAAGAGCUAGGCCAGCUCCAGACCCAGGCUGGUGACCUGUCCGUGGUGCUGUCCAUGGACAACAGUCGCUGCCUAGACUUCAGAGACAUCAUCGCCGAGGUCCGAGCCCGGUAUGAGGAGAUUGCCCAGACCAGCAAAGCCGAGGCCGAGAUGCUGUACCAGACCAAGUACCAGGAGCUUCAGGCGUCUGCCCAGCUUCACGGGGACAACAUGAAGGAAAUCAAAGCCCACAUCAGUCAGCUACAGCAGACGAUUCAGAAGCUGCAGAGUCAGACUGAGAACCUCAAGAAGCAGAAUGCCAACCUGGAGGCCGCCAUCGCCGAUGCUGAGCAGCGUGGGGAGCUGGCCGUCAAGGAUGCUCAGGCCAAGGUGGCCGAGAUGGAGGCCGCUCUGAGAACUGCCAAGCAGGACAUGGCGCGGCUGCUGCGUGAGUACCAGGAGCUGAUGAGCUCGAAGCUGGCCCUGGACAUCGAGAUCGCCACCUACCGCAAGCUGCUGGAGGGCGAGGAGAGCCGGAUGUCUGGGGAGUGCACCAGUCAGGUCAUUAUCUCCGUUGGAGGAGGCAGCACUGCUGUGUCUGGAGGAGCAAGUGGUGGCCUGGCGGGCACUUGUGGACUCGGAGGUGGGAAAGGCAGCUUUGGGUCCAGCUGCUCCAGUGUUGUGACCGGAGGCUCCAGCAUUGUGACUGGAGGCUCCAGCAUUGUGACUGGAGGCUCCAGCAUCGUGACUGGAGGCUCCAAUGUUAUCCUGGGCUCUGGGCAGGGCCCUGUUUUUGGCUCCUGCUCUGUGUCUGGCUCUGGCUCUGGCUCUGGCUCCACCUGCCACACCAUCCUGAAGAAGACGGUCGAGUCAAGUCUGAAGACAUCCAUCACCUACUGAGUGGCUCAGAGGCCCCUUGCUCCCCCUGGUCUCCCGCAUCCUCAUCAGCCCCAUCCCUGCAGGGCUGGCUCUGUGUCCACUGCCCAUAGCCCGAGCCAGCCCACAGGGGACUCUGCAGAAGUCAGCCGGGUUCCACCUGCCUGCUGUUCCAGCCUUGCUCUGCAUACUGAUUUGAUAGCGCCCUGUCCUCCAGUCAGACAGCCUCGUCUUCUCCUCUCUCCACAGCCUUCCACUGGGCUGGGAAAGCUCCUGUAUUUGGGUUGGUCAGACUGCAUCCCCACCCCAAGGGAGAGGCCUGAGGCCCACUGACCAGAGCCUGGGGGCUGGAACCGAGGGGUACUGCCCUCAUCCUCUUGACCUGCCUCUGAGCCUCCAUUUCUGUAUUUCUGUCCAUUUAUUUCCUGUGAAAUAAAAGCAGCAUCCAGUUAUCCCUG